AUGUACUCUCGGGGUGAAAUACCAACUUAUACCAUCGAUCUAUCUCUUCCCCCUUCUAAAAGAUACGAAAAGAUUGCUGUAGAUUUCAAAGAACAAUUAUGUGGUUUGCCAAAAGAGCUAGAUGAAACACUUCGACAUUGGCACGAAAAUUUCAUCCUUAUAUUCCUGUUUAAAGUCUUUGCAUUUUUAUUCAUCCGUCGCUUAUAUUCUGCUGAAGAGAUGGAAGAGGUGAAAGGGAUCGCUAAGAUUUCGGGGAUCAAUGUCAGAUUCUUGGUAGCAUUGAAUGUAAUGCUUGAUUCGUUAAUGUGCUGUACUAGUGGCGGAGUUCUUGUCAACACUGAUAAUGAUGUUGAAGACCAGAGUAUGAUGCAUUUAAGGCUUUUGGAUUGGGACCUGGAUGGCUUGAGAGAUCUGCUUCUUGUUCUGGAAUAUGUCAAUUCCAACUCAUCGACGCCAACAAGAGUCAUUGCUAGAAGUAUCACAUAUGCUGGUUAUGUGGGAAUCCUUACUGGUGUGAGCACAUUGGUCAUGGGAAAAGACCAGCACAGAUCCUAUGUGCGCUCUUCUCCUUCAUUCAUCGUCCAAACCAAUCACGAUGUUUUCCUCUGGCAAGCGCGAAACCGAUUAGCCGAUCAUGAUGGAUACCCUUUUCCUGUUCCUCAGCCGAAUCCAUAUCCUGCUCCUCCUCCAGGUUCCGCAUAUGGCGAUCCCGCAGUGUACGAAAAGUACCAUCAGUACUGGGGUCACAAAGAUUCUAUAGAUAGGUACAACUCUCUGCGAGAAAAUUGGAUGGCUAUCCCGGAAGGAAUAGGUACAAAACGAUCAGCGGAGAUCGAGGAAGUGAAGAGUUGGAUGUGGUCAGAGCCAGUUGAAGAGUAUGGAAGCAGUAAUUGUGGGCCUCCAUACCCUGGAGUGGUAUCAGAAGUGAAAUAA